AACAGCCUCCCCAGAUCCGAAGACACGAUGUCCGACCUACCAAACAGCAUGCGUGCUUUGGUGCAAACAUCCUAUGGCACCCCCGCCAAAGCGCUCACCCUCCAGACCCUUCCUCUCCCAUCCUACACGCCCAGCUCCUCCGACCUCCUCAUCCGAGUCAAGCGCGCAUCGAUUGCCCCCAAUGAAUGGGGGUUCCUAGCCGGUUAUGUACGUAUCUUCGGGGUGUUCACGUUCCCCGAUAGGAUGGGGCUCGAUUUCGCUGGAGUGGUCGUCCGUGCGGGGCAAGCUGCACAAGCUCAGGGAUGGAAGGAGGGGGAUGAGGUACUGGGCGCGCUGACCUUGGCGAAGAAAGGCACGUAUGCGGACUAUAUUACUGCUCCGUGUGAGUAUUGUGUGCGCAAGCCUGGGUCAGUGGGGUGGAAUGAGGCGUCAUGCUUACCGGCGAAUGGGAUGACGGCGCUCCAGGCACUGGAGAAACAUCAGGGUGCCAGGGAGGUCGCUUUUGUCACCGGGGGAUUGGGCGGAGUAGGACAUCUGGCGAUCCAAUUGCUGCACGGACGCUUCGGGUUCAAGAAGAUUAUCACUUCCGUCUCCACAGGCAAAGUAGAGCAGAUCAAAGCGCUCUACCCCUACGUUGAAGUUAUCGACUACAAGAAGUCGAACCCAACCAAAGUGAUACCUCACAAAUCGCUCGACCUUGUCUUCUCCACUCUUGGCACACCGGGCCAAUGGACGGCGCAUCUCGCUACCCAGCGUCCCACCCCCACAUUGAUCGAGAUCACCACAGUCACCAACGCAACGGGACUUGAGGCUAAUUGGGGGACCAAAUUCCCGUGGUAUGCCCGGCUCUUGAUCGACUUUGCGGCCUGGUAUUUGCAUCCUCGGGUACCCAAAGGAGUCAAGUUUGUCGCGCAUAACACCGCGUUCCUACCUCAGGACCUGGCGGCUAUGGUGAAGGAAGCUGAAGAGGGACGGCUGAACCCGUUGAUAGGCACAGAGUUCACGCUCGAACAAGGGGCAGAGGCGUUCGACCUUGCACACAAGGGGAUCAUAGGCAAGGUUAUAUUCGGUAUCUCCGACUGACCUUUCAGUACUGUAUCGCGGGCUCUGUCAUGAUAA